AUGGGUCAGUUAACCGAACGCAAAAAAGUCAUUCUCCCUGUAUAUCGGCCCACGGAUCACACUCCAUCAGUGUACAAAGAUCCUUUUUCAGAGAGAGUAAUUCCGGUCGGCUAUUUCCUCAACAACCUUGAUGAAAUAGGACCACUGCAUUGGGAAAAUGGACAAACCGCAGACUACCUCUUGAACAUAGUGAGGUGCGAUGAAAUUAAUCUUUGGUGCGAGUAUUUUGAUCAAUACUUCCAUCAGAGUUAUAACCGAAAUCUGACGGUACUUCAAGGCAUUGCUCAACAACAACAGCAACUGAUCCCGUCAAAGUCAUUAAUGCCGAUACACACCAAAUGUCACAAAGACGCAAAUGCGUUAGACGCCGCUGUCUUGACCAACUGUGUUAAUUAUAUGAUGUGUGGUUAUAAUCAAUUAUUAUUAAAUUACCACCAAUAUUUCGGUGAUCGCAGCAUAGAGCAGACCUCCCUGUUGCCUUCACCGCCAGGAUCACCGACCUCUCCGAGUUUUGAUCACUUCACCUUUAACAACGCACCAAACAACAAACCAACGGUCAUGGAUUUUUCGCGGCCCACAUCACACAACUUUUAUGCACACACGCUCGUGUUGGCAUCGCAGUCGGGAUUUUUUAAUCAGCUAUUUGGCCCCAUAAACAAUCCGGCGUCAUCCUUGUGCAAUUUACAUCGGCAACAAUCACCACCCUCCUCGCCCACCUCACCACAUUUCUGUUCACAUCCGCAAUUUCCAAUACGGCUGACGGUUCCCAUACCUCACCCGGAUUGCUUUGGGAUCAUCUUACACUGGUUGUAUCAUCAUGAUGACGAUGCCUGGCUAGAUGAGAUCACGCCCGAGAAUUUUAUCCACUUCUACGAGAACAUCAAAUUUCUCAAACUGGGAAAAGAGGCAUUUGACGUCUUGGAUGCAUACAUAGCGGAAGCCGAAGAGGACGGUUUGGAGAUAACGGGAGAGGGAGUUGUUGAAGGAAAAGUUUUGUUUGGACUUGAGGCACACGUUGGAGAAAAAUCAAAAAUAAAAACAUUUUUCACAAAAAAACCUUCAUCUCACCUAUGCUAA